AUGCCUCGCAAACCCAAAACCAUUCCCGGGCCUUCGCGCCUCUCCAAGAUCCUCGAGCAGCUGCGCAAGCCUCCCGUACCCGCUCUUGCCAAUGUUCGCGGUCUAACGCUCACCUACGCCCUGCGGAAUGACGACUUUGGCGCUCGCCAUUUCGUAAAGGAGAGCUUGCCUCGAAUACGUUAUGCUAACCCGGCCAUGGACAUCAAGGUCAACAAGUUGCCCAAGGGACCGGAGGACAAGUGGGAACCGACAAUGGAGCUCCAACUUCGAGGCGGCCAGACCAAGACGCUGAACCUCGCAGGCAAAUGGUCAACGUCCAUCUUCGAAGAGUUGAUGAACACCGCCGGCGGAGAGUCUUGGGAAGAGUGGAAGAAGGAGAGACAGGCAAAGGGUCUGCCUAUCAUCGAGGGCUUGGAGGCUGCUAAGUUCCAGGAGAAGAUGCGCGAGCAGAGGUUAUCUGAGCAACCGACGAGGCCGAGGAAGGCCAAGUCAGAGGAGGUGGACCCCCUUGCGAAUUUGCAGACCAAGACGGGUGCGGCGGCUAUCUUACCUUGA